CCCUAUCGCUUCUAUGUUCUUCCCCAAUCCCAUCCUCUUCCUCGCUCCCCAAAUAUUGAAUGGGCUCCUUCGCAACCCGUUCGCCACCAAUCUCCCCCUCCCCCUCCCCCAUCUUUCCGACGGCGCGUAGUCUCCUCUUCCUCCGCCCCUUCCCUCCGCCUUCCCCUACCCACCGCCGAGGAAGGCGGCGCUUCCCAAGAACGACGGUCUUCCGUGCUUCCUCCUCGAGCGGAGACGGAUCGGCGAGUUUCACCUGGGAGAACUUCUAUGAGUCCCUCCGCCGUGGUUCGGCGCGGUUUACCUCGAGUUUUGGGGAACACCUCAAGAAGGAGACGGGGAUCGAUCUUGAGAGCGCCAAUGCCACGGCCGCUGUGCUGGUGGAGCGAACCCGGGACGCCACCAAGAAGGGAAUGGCGGCCGUGGAUCAGUUUCGGUCGGAGUGGCUGUCGGAAUUCUUGGAGUGGAACAAGUGGGAGAAUUGGAAGGAUCUUAGAAAGUGGGAACCAAGACGAAUCGGGGCAUUGAUCCUGUAUAUCAUUGUUGUUUCAAUUUCAAGUCGCAAGUUCUAUGUGGCUUUAACUAGCCAAAUUAAUCAACAGAGCAAGAGAGAAUUGACUGAGGCCUAUAUGGAAGCUUUAAUUCCUGAGCCAUCUCCAGCUAAUGUUAGGAGAUUUAAGAAGGGCGUAUGGAGGAAGACAAUGCCUAAAGGACUAAAAAUCAUGAAAUUUAUUGAAGGACCUAGUGGACAACUUAUUCAAGAUAAUUCUUAUGUUGGAGAAGAUGCAUGGGAUGAGGAUCCUGAGCUACCUCAAGAUACUAUAUCUAAAAUCAUUGAUAGUGACAAAAAUUUGAGCCUUGAAGAUAAGAAAAGCUUGAAAGCAAAUUUAAGCAUCUCUGAUGCUGUUGGCACUUCAGUGGAUGGACAAGAGAGUUCAACAACAUGGCAAGAACGACUAAGCAAGUGGAAAGAAAUUCUGCAAAAGGAGAAACUUACUGAACAAAUUGAUUCAAUUAAUGCUAAGUACGUAGUUGAUUUUGAUAUGCAAGAAGUGGAAAAAAGUUUGCGUAAAGAAGUUGUAGAAAGGACAUCAGAUACAGCUGGUAGCAGAGCACUUUGGAUUUCUAAGAGGUGGUGGCAUUAUCGUCCAAAAUUGCCGUAUACCUAUUUCCUCAACAAACUCGAUAGUUCUGAGGUUGCUGCUGUUGUCUUCUCUGAGGACCUCAAGAAGAUAUAUGUAACAAUGAAAGAAGGCUUUCCUUUGGAGUAUAUUGUUGAUAUUCCGCUUGAUCCUUACUUGUUUGAGAUUGUCUCGAGUUCGGGGAUCGAAGUUGAUCUCCUUCAAAAGCGGCAAAUUCAUUACUUCCUUAAAGUUGUGUUUGCAUUAUUACCAGGAUUACUUAUAUUGUAUCUCAUCAGAGAGUCAGUGAUGCUUUUGUAUAUUACAAAUAAGCGCUUUCUUUAUAAAAAGUAUAACCAACUUUAUGACAUGGCUUAUGCAGAAAACUUUAUACUGCCGGUAGAAAGUUCUGGUGAGACAAAAUCUAUGUAUAAAGAAGUUGUUUUAGGUGGUGAUGUUUGGGAUCUUUUGGAUGAGAUAAUGAUUUACAUGAACAAUCCCAUGGAUUAUUAUGAAAAGCAAGUUGCAUUUGUCAGGGGUGUGCUUAUUUCAGGACCACCUGGUACUGGCAAAACACUUUUUGCAAGGACAAUCUCGAAGGAAAGUGGACUGCCUUUUAUUUUCGCAUCUGGUGCUGAAUUUACAGAUAGCGAAAAAAGUGGGGCUGCAAGAAUUAAUGAAAUUUUUUCUAUUGCCAGAAGAAAUGCUCCUUCUUUUGUGUUUGUGGAUGAGAUUGAUGCUAUCGCUGGGCGUCAUGCAAGGAAGGACUCACGGAGACGUGCAACAUUUGAGGCUCUGAUGACACAGCUUGAUGGAGAGAAAGAGAAAACUGGUGUGAACCGUUUUUCUUUAAGGCAAGCUGUAAUAUUUAUCUGUGCAACUAAUCGACCAGAUGAGUUGGAUGCUGAAUUUGUCCGUCCAGGGCGCAUUGACCGGCGCCUAUACAUUGGGUUACCUGAUGCCAAACAACGAGUACGGAUUUUUGGUGUACAUAGUGUUGGAAUGAAGCUUGCUGAAGAUGUGGACUUUGGAAAGCUUGUUUUUCGUACUGUUGGCUAUUCUGGAGCUGACAUUCGAAAUCUUGUCAAUGAAGCAGCGAUUAUGUCAGUAAGGAAGGGUCACUCAUUGAUAACCCAGCAAGACAUCAUUGAUGUGCUAGAUAAACAAUUGUUGGAGGGAAUGGGGGUAUUGCUAACAGAAGAAGAGCAACAGAAAUGCGAAGCAAGAGUUUCCAUUGAGACAAGGAGACUGUUGGCUGUGCAUGAAGCUGGUCAUAUUUUGCUAGCUCAUUUAUUCCCCCGCUUUGAUUGGCAUGCAUUCUCUCAGCUACUUCCUGGUGGUAAGGAGACUGCAAUAUCUAUAUUUUAUCCUAGGGAAGACAUGGUGGAUCAAAUUCAAGAAUACACUACUUUUGGGUACAUGAAGAUGCAAAUGGUAGUUGCACAUGGUGGACGUUGUGCUGAACGAAUUGUUUUUGGUGACGACGUCACUGAUGGAGGAAGAGAUGAUCUUAAAAAGCUCACUAAAAUUGCUAGAGAAAUGGUGAUAAGCCCCAGAAAUUCAAGAUUGGGCCUGACAACCCUUGUGAAGAGGGUUAGGCGGACGGAUCGUCCAGAUAAUCCUGAUGGUGAAUUGAUCAAGUUUAAGUGGGAUGACCCUAAUGUGAUACCUGCUGACAUGACUCCUGAGGUGUCUGAACUUUUCACCCGAGAGCUUACAAGGUAUAUUGAAGAAACAGAAGAACUUGCCAUGAAAGGUUUAUUGCAGAACAGGCAUAUCCUGGAUGCAAUAGCCAUAGAACUUUUGGAAAAAUCAAGGAUCACUGGACUGGAAGCGGAUGAAAGAGUUAAGCAAAUGUCCCCGGUAAUGCUUGAAGAUUUGGCACAACCAUUUCAAGUUAACUUGGAUGAGGAUGGACCAUUACCUGUCAACAAACAUUUGCAUUAUCAGCCACUUGACAUUUAUCCUGCUCCUCUCCACCGGUGCUGAGUCGAGUUAAAUUGGAUCAUCAGUUUCUCUGGUUUGGUGGUCUUAAAUGCCUCGAGGAGACAGAAAUUGGAGGGUUCGAGUAAUCCUUGUGAUGAUUUGUUUGACAAAUGUUGUUGACAGCUUCUGAUCAUGUCGCCAACUAUAGUUUUACUUUGGCUGCCGUUGCACAGCUGAGAUUCACGAGGGCAUAGGAGGGAGGUUACGAUCAACUUCCGUCUGUGACCAUUUUUCGGUUGUCAGAUAGGAAUAUAAGCUUCUGUAGGAGGCAAUCUUGGAUUCCUUCUGUAGCUUCCACAUGUCUGCACAAGUAAUGACGUUGCGUAAUUUAAAGAUCAAUUAAUUGUCGAAACUCUUUGCCUGUCAACUUUAAAGGUGUGUAGCCUUACUUCAAGUAACAGUGGAGGGGUGACCAACCAUAUGUUAUGUCAA